UUCAGAGUGGCUGGGACUGGAAAAAAAAAGAGCUGCUUUGCUAACGUUAGCGUCCGCCGAGCUAACGGUAGGUAGCACCGGAGUAAACAUGGAGCUGUCUGCCGUCGGGGAGAGGGUGUUCGCUGCCGAGUCUAUCAUCAAACGGAGGAUAAGGAAGGGUCGCAUUGAAUACCUUGUGAAAUGGAAGGGCUGGUCUCCCAAAUACAGCACUUGGGAACCAGAGGAGAAUAUUUUGGACUCCCGCCUGUUUGCCGCUUUUGAGCAGAGAGAGCGUGAAAGGGAGCUCUAUGGGCCCAAGAAGAGAGGACCAAAACCCAAAACGUUUCUGCUCAAGGCACAGGCUAAAGUUAAAGCAAAGUCUUAUGAGUUCAGGAGCGAUGCAGUCCGAGGGAUGCACAUCACCUACCCAACCCCAGAGCCGGUUAUCACCCCCAGGGCCAGAGAGGGACUGAGAGCCGUUGUUCCCACCAUCUUCCCACCCAGCACCGUCAAUCGUGGAGAAAGUGUACGUGUCAGACCACCAGAAUUGUCCCGUGAGCACCAGCAGCUUGGCCUCCAGCAAACCGGUCCUGAAGGGCUCAUCCACAUACCCAAAAAGAGAGGCCCAAAGCCUAAGCCCCGCUUUAAGGACAGCAGCUGCGGCCCUGCUGUCUCCGAGCCCCACAAGAGGAGAGCAGAGGAGCAGCUGAGCCACGGCCCUCACAAACUGGUCAAGCUCCAGGGGGGUGAAGAUAUGAGGCUGGUCAAAGUUGCCCAGAGACACCCAGAGAACUAUGGUCACAGCUAUAAACAUCACCACCAUCACCACCACCACCACCACCACCACACACACAACCGGGGAAUGUCCAGUGGAAGCUCCUACAAGCAGCUGUACUCAGACUGCAGCCUGCAUCCACACAGGACAGACAUGGACACACACAGGACUAAGGACGGCCCCAGCUACCUGGCACCUGCACACUUCAAGCACCAGUCCAAAAUGAGCCAGAGCCGGAGUCGUUCUGUGCAGAGUCCAGAGAUGGAAAGGCCUUACUUCUUGGACAGGCCGUCCCCGACCCGGCUCCUGGACAACUUGGACGAAGUGACGUGGAAGCCUUCCCUCUGCAACGUGGAAAAGGUCCUGGUGACAGAUGUGACCACCAACUUCCUGACUGUCACUAUCAAAGAGAGCAGCACUUCUAAAGGCUUCUUCAAAGACAAGAGAUGAUUUCUUUAUGGCACGCUUCGUUUUCUAGGACAUGGUGUGAUUAAGCAAAGCUUUUUUUGUAUGUAAUGUAUAAAGGCAAAUUACAUUAUGUGCAUAUGUGUAUAUAUUAUAAAGCUGGACAUCUAUUUAAUGUAUUGACCAAAUCUAAUGAAGUCCAUUUCACACCUUGCAUUGGUUACAUGAGUGACUUUUUCAUGUUUCCUUUGCAGCAGCUGGCUACUUUCUGUACAGAGCUUGUGAAUUUUACUAUUUUGAAAAGUAAAGAAAAGUGUAACAAAGAAGAAUGUAUUUUUUUCACUCUCAUAUUUUCUAGCCUGAGCUCAUACAAGUAAACUGAGAGGUGAGGCCAGACUUAAUCUGUGGAUUGAAUUAAUUUGAACCGAUUAGACAGAAAAUAAAAUAUUAUUUAAAAAUGUACUCAAGCACUUUGAAUUGAAAAGUAUUAAGAAAGAGUCCGUUUGUGUUGUGUUCAAAGACCGAGCGUGUCCCGGUUUUUACAGCCAUGCUGACUUUGUAAUGUCAUAACAUUUCUAAAUGUGUGCUGAAUUAAUAAAUUCAUGUCGAACAUGUUACCAAGUUUUCCCAAGUUGUGUAUAACUGCAUUUUUUCCAUUAACACAGUAUAUUUUACAUUUUCAUAGAAAACGAAGCUUUGAUGUAACAAAAUAAUUACAGUUGGUGUCAAAUCACUUUUUAGACGCAUUUCAAUAAACCUUUUGAAUUCU